CUCCCCCCUAAACAAACAUUUACAUCCAAAAACCACACACACAAAAAGAAAAAAAAAUGGCAGUCAGCCACUUAUCAAAUGAUCUUGAAGAUGAUGAAUACAUUGAGAUGGAAGUCAGUUCAUACUCCACCUUCUUCUGCAACUCCUCCUCCAUAAGCUCACCACCUCCGCAGUUCCCCAUCCCCAUAGAGUUUGAGUUCCAAAUGUCUUCUUCCAUGGAAAUCCAGCCCACUACUUCCCCAGCUGACGAACUCUUUUACAAAGGUAAGCUUCUUCCACUUCACCUUCCUCCUCGUUUACAAAUGGUCCAAAAACUCCUGCAAAACUCGACUUCCCUUUAUGGAGACUUCUAUGGGACGCCUUUAACGAGCACUCCAUUUGAAUCCUGCAAUGUUUCGCCUUCUCAGUCGUGUCGGAUUAGUCAAGAGUUGAAUCCUGAGGAGUGUCUGUUUGAGUACUCAACUGAAGCUUUGAGUGGCCAUUGCAACGAUAAAAACCACCGGAAAAAGUCCUCGUCGUCGGUCAUCGGUUCGAAACUGAAGGCAUAUAGGGGUUAUCUGAAAUCUUUGUUUAGUAAAUCAGGAUGCUCCAGUGAAUCAUGUUCAGCAGCAAAAGUUGCUGAUGAAGGAUCCAUCCUGAGAGCGAAAGAAAGGUUGGAUCGAUCCAUGAUGAUGAAAUCAACAAAGAAAGCUCCGUUCGGACAAAUUCGUCAUAGGAGAUCUUUGUCUUUGGCUAUCAAACGACAAGAUUCGACGAACAAGUCUCCUUCUUCAUCAUCAUCAUCUGGCUCUUCUCCAUCUCCAAACUCAAAUGGUGUUCAGUAUUUGCAGCUUCUUAAACGAAGCAGCAGCGUGAAUGUUGAGAUUGAGAGUCCAAUUCAAGGAGCCAUUGCGCAUUGCAAGCAAUCUCAGCAGUUGAUAAGGUCGAGAAAGACUGUUAGUGAAGUUGGACAUGCAAUAUGGAUAUGACGUGAUUCCAACACGAUAGUACGGUGAUGUACAACGAAACACGACCAAUGACAUCAUUCAACAAGAGAGGCUAAGGGACCGUUGCAGAGCUGAAAUGAAAGAAAGUGAUGAAUUGAAUUCCUUAAAAAGAAAACCUUUUGGAUGUUGAGAUUUUAACCGGGAUUCAAUUAAAAGGUAAUCUCCUAUAGAAAGAUCAAACAGUCAGAUUUUAGCUCAUUUAUGCCACCCUUG